CUGAAUUCAACUUCAAUUAAGCUCAAAAAGCUUAAUUCCACCUCCAAAGCGUCAAACUCUACCAAAGCCAGUUUGUUAUCUUCUAAGAAAUCCUCAGAUCUGCUCAAUCUGAGCUCACCAAAGAACAAGACAACUAAACCCACUUCCCCAAAAUCAGAGAAACCCACAAUUACAGAAAAGAAUAAAGAUUCAUCAGAGUCCAAGAAGAAUCAAAACGCAGAAACCAAAAAACCCAACAAGGAAAAGACUCAGAAGAUACUACCCUUUUGGCUUGAUCAGGAAGAUGACGAUUUAGUAUCGGAAUUCAGAGAUCUACCCAUUAGAUUUCAGCAAACUCUAUUACCAGACCUGGAGAAAAUUUCAACAACUUCAAAGGCUUACAUCACCAAAGCCAACAAACAAAUCACAAGAGGAUUUAAACCUUACGUCGGCAACAAAUACGCUCCCACUAUUGCCUCCUUCGUCUCCUUAGCCUUCAUCUUGAUCCCUCUGGUUCUCGUCUCGCUCAUCUUCAACCGCUUCAAAGCUUAUUUCUCCCUACAGAAAAUCUUAAUCUUCAUCCAAGUUUACCUCUCCAUCUACUUCACCAUCCUCUGUUUCUCUUCGCUUGUCACCGGCUUAGAACCGCUGAAGUUUUUUUACGCUACUUCGCAGUCCACGUACAUCUGCGUACAGGUGAUGCAGACAUUGGGAUACGUGUUGUACCUUCUGCUGCUCCUGAUGUACCUCGUCCUCGUCUUCUCCACUGACUGUGGUCUGGGCUUGAAGCUACUCGGCCUGGCGCAGACAUUCGUGGGCUUUGCAGUUGGGUUGCACUACUACGUGGCAGUUUUUCAUAGGGUGGUGCUGCACCAACCACCGAAGACCAACUGGAAGGUACACGGGAUCUAUGCCACGUGUUUCCUCCUGAUUUGUCUGUUCUCCAGAGCUGAGAGGAGGAAGAAAGCUUACUUGGAAGAGGGAGGUGAAGAGGGGAAGAAAAAUUAAUUUAAUUCAAAAAUAUUUUUGGUUAUAGAAAACUGGAGUUGCUCCCAUAAUGAUUUCAGCCAAAAUUAUCAACAAAAAAGAAUCAACUGGGCGGCUGAGACUGUGGAUUAAAUGUCUUGUUCUCUUUCAUUUUCUCCCUGUCCAAUUAAUCAUUUUCAAUUUUUGUCAAUUAAUUAUAUAGGAAAUUAGGGUUGACCCACUAAAAAUGUGUUUGUGGGCAUUUUGAGUACCAUUGGCCAAGAAAAUCCAUGGUAUUUGUUCUACAAAAUAGAAAGGGGAAGAAGAUUUUUGGCAAAUUGUAUUAUUUUUAAUCAAUAAAAUUGUUCCUUAUUACUA